AUGUCGCUGUUACAACCAUUUACGUGUACGUGCUAUCCUUUGAGGCUGCCCGCUGCGCAGGCCGGGUCUGGGGAUGAGUAUGUGCGGAGGAAGCAGAGUCUGGACUGUAGGACUGGUGCUGCAGUUACGUUGACGCGGAGUAAUAUAUUUGUGCAUGGAGGGCUGACUAUACCUUUGAACUUGGAGAAAGUGACAUGUGCUGAGAUUCAGAACCAGGUGGUGUUGUAUUUUGCGAAGGAGAAGGACUGCAGUGCAGGGUUUAAGGAUUUAAAGCAAUGGUUGAGUCCCGAGAUAUUCUUUCUGGAUCUGAUAUCGCGGACAUGGAAUAGGGUGGAUACCACUGUGGAGAGUGAGACUAUGUUGGGCGCAGGUGCGGGCGCUGGCGCUGGCACUGCCACCGGGACUGGCAUGGAGACUGACCCUGCUCGGGAAGCUGCGGAUGUUGAUGUGUUUGCCAACGAGCAGUCUUUGUCCUCUUCUGUAACAUUAUCAGUGAUAGAGCAGGAGAGUUUCAGAGAGAGGCUGUUCCACUCUAUGUGCUAUGUUGAUGGCAAUAUAUUCGUGUUUGGGGGAUUAGUGAUGUCGCCGCAGAACGGCUACGAGUUUACGGCGUCCAAUGAGUUGUGGAGACUGGACCUUAGGACGAAGCAGUGGUCACUGGUGAGUAGAAACCCAUUGAUACAAAGAAGGUUUAAUCACUCCAUGCACGUCAAAAACGAACAUAGUGACACUAGAGAUACGAAAAUUGUCAUUGUGGGUGGUCUAAACAACUUGGAUGAGCCAGUGCAUAAAGUCGAUAUUUACAACCUCACGAGAGGCUACUGGCAGUCUGUGCCAGAUUCUGAGUUCCCAAUAGAGCUAGAAACCAAUAUCGAAGGAAAGCCAGUGGACCUUGCUACGGACUCUUGUUUUUCUAUUCUUGUUGAGAACAAUGAGGCCAAGAUCCCAGCGUUAGCAUUUUACAAACCAUUAAGUUGUCGAGAUCACUCGGUGAUAACAUCAAGAUCAAAAAAAGCGAAACAAGUGUCUGGUAGAUCAUCAGUAGAUACGGAAAUGGCGGUAUGUGAUUCUGAUACAGGUACCAAAGAGCAAGACGAACAGGAUCCUAAUAGUCAAUCUCCUAUAGUGGCCUUACCCAUUGUUUCGGGGUCGAAAGGUAUAAGGAUGGCCUCCCAUCCUUUACAACCAAACGAUCUAUUAGAAGCUCCCUUAAAUUUACUAAAUCCAACUGGAGACUACUUCGGUUACAAUAUUGUAAUUGGUGGUUUCUGCCCUACAUUACUACCUUCUGAUUUUCAUUGUUAUAUUUACGAUAUUCCUUCUGGAAAAUGGACUCGGAUUGGUAUCACUUGUCCGGAUUGUGAAAUUAAUACGCAUAGGUUCUGGAAACUGUUUGUGUGGGAUUCUCAUCAUCAGGCUUUGGUUUUAGGGACCAAAAAUGAUGAUGGAUAUUUGCCAAGUGUCCAGAAAUUUGAUCAUCUAUUAAGUUUUGGUCUUCCUAUAAUAAAUAUAUUCAACAAAGGUAUUCACUCAGUUCCAUCUAACAAGGAUGCAGUCAUGUCGGUACCAGAUUCUAAAUUUGGAUCUAGUGGUGUUUCUGAUCUUGAAAGUGAUUUGAAUAGAAUGAGCUUUGCAUCUUCUCAGACAUCUCAAUUUGAAAGUUAUAUAAGAUACAUUGCACCACCAUAUGAGAUGACAUCUAUUAGAUCUGUGUUUCCUGCAUAUGCAAUGGUUUUAGGUAAGGAUGCAUUGGAAAUAUAUGGUAAACCGCUUUCAGAUUUUGAGCUUGUCAGUAGUGAAGGUGAAGCAAUUGGAGUACCAUUAUAUUUACUACGGAAAAGGUGGGGCAGAUAUUUUGAUCUUUUGCUAUCCCAAGGUUACUCUAAAGCUUGUACAGAAUACGAGGCGUCUGGUAACCUUUCUACGUUAAUCAAGUUGACACCGUUUUCUUCGAGGACUGGAUCGAGAGAUAUCCAUAGUUCUAGGUUAUCAUCAUCUAGCUCGUUAGAUAAUUAUUUUGUAAAAGGAAUUGGAGCACAGCAUCAUCAUUACUCAGUAUCAGGGCCAGCCGGUAGAAAACCUCCCGGAUCUGAAAAUAUUGUAGAUAGAACAUCAAGGUCUUCAGUAGAUGGGCAUUUAAUGGGUUCAUCCCCAAAUCCAAUGAGCGAAAGUGUAUAUCUCACGCAUAUUGAUGAUGUUGAUGAUGAUGAUGAUGAUUGCGUUGGUCCAACAUCGCAAGCAAAAAAUACAAAUAAAAUGAAAUCUGUAUCCCGAACAAUUACUUCAUCUACAACAAGUUCCACUGGUGGUAUGGUGUUUAGGGUUCCAUUUCAAGAAAAGAAGCCAUCGUCAUCUGUUCAAGAUAUCGCGCCAGAUUCCCAGUUUUUUCAGACAGGAUCGAGUAGUAGAAGGUCCUCCUUAUUGAGCUCGCAAACGAUGGGAAUACAGAGAUCACCCAAAAUUGAAGGUAAAAGGAGAGCUUCACAUCCUAUCAUAUCCUCUAUAAUGGACAAAGGACAACCAGUAUCUACACGUAGUGUGGGAAGUACUAGGAGUUCCCUUUCCUAUGUUAGUUCUUCGUCUGAAAGACAAAGCAAAUCUCAUCUGCCUGGGAGUCGAAACAGCAGUGUAACCGGUUCUCCAAUUUUGGGAGUCUUAAAUGUGCCCUUACCACCACCUUGCCAGACCCCAACAGAACCGGUGCCACCGCCUCCUGUUACAAAGUACCCCAAUAUCACUUCAAAACCUAGAACGAACUCAAUGUCAGAGGUGUUUAAUACCAUUAAAGGAAGUCCUCUUUCAUCUAGAAGAUCGUCAUAUAGCAGAAAGACGAGUACGUCUGAAGUGAAUUCAGCGAUUGACAGGCAAUUAAUGGAAGAUAGAUUCAAAGAAGCUGAUAUGGCCUUUGCUAAACAGACACCAACUAAACCAGUCGCAGGUAGUAAGAUGCCUGAAAAUAUUAGGUCUUCAACAAGAAACUCAGUAAAUAACGAUUGGAGUAGGCAUUCUUUUGCAUCUGUAUCAGAUAGUUCGGAAAGUGCUACAGUAAAUGGUAACAUAGAAAUGGAACCAAUGUUGAUUCCGCGAACUCUAUAUUUACCAUGGUCAACUGCAACGGUGCACGCAUUUGCAGAAUUCUUUUAUACAGGUCAGGUCAAUGGUAAAUGGAUGUUGUCUCCAGUCGUUCUCGACUUAUUGGUUAUUUCUAAACUAUAUGAGUUACCUCUCCUAUUCAAUUUGAUAUCAGAGGUUCUUUACUCUAUUGUUGGGAAAAAGGAAGAAGGCAUGUACAUUACCUGUAAAUCGUUAAUUGAUUCGUUUUCAAGAAAAGUUUCGACAUAUUUUGGUAAUGAUAAAGAAAAGGAAGUGGCAUAUUUGGAGUCAUGUGAAGCUUACAAGAUUCUGAAAAAAAUCAAGCUUUGCCUUGAAAGAAUUGAUAACGGAUUCUUUGAUCUUGAUUUGAUGAGAAGACAUUCUAUGUCUAGAUCAUCAUAUAAUAGCAGUAAUGGAAGUACGGUGGAGAAGAAGAAUUCACUGGAUUUGAGUCCAAGAGGCUCAAGUAAUUUGCCAACUAUGAUGGGAAAUGGACCAAGAGAUAGUCAUGUCUCGAUUGAAUCGCUAAAUUAUCCUAUGCACAUGAAUAUACCAUCAUCUAGACGGUCGACAGGAACAUUUGCACACAGGACUACAAAGAAAUCCAGUUUAAGCAAAGAGAUAGAUCCGUCUUUCUUUAAUGAUACAAGUUCCACCUUAAGCCUGCAUGACACUGCUAUAGUAAAAGAUUUCAAUGAGAAGAUUGCAAAAGCUGAUACUAUCACGGAAAAGGAUUACUCUAGUACCAGUAGCAGUAGCAGUUGUGAUCUAGAUGAUGAAUCUGAUCAAGAAAAACUAAGACAUCUUUCUGAAACUGAUUUUGCUACUAUUCUUGAUACAAGAGACUCAAAAUCACAUCAAUUGAAUACUAAAGAGGACAUUAACAAUUUCGACUUCAGUUUGGGGUUGUUGUCAUCCUUCAAUGAUGAAAAAAACAAGCUCAGGAAGGUAGACGUUGAUGAGCCAAUUGAUCCAUUGGCAAAGAUCAGUCAUAAUUUGGACAGUCCAAAUAGGUUAUACUCGAAGUAUAGCCAAGGUUUUGGGAAAAUGCCUAAAAGCGGUAGUCAAGCAAGUAAUAUGGGUUUAUUGACUCUAGAGAAUUUAGCCUCGCCUAAUGCUCUGCCUCCGGAUGAUGCAGUGAUCAAAGCAAUCCAUCAGACUACAGUCCUAGCAAACGAGGUUAGGUUAAUGAUUAGAUGUGGUGACUGUUUGCAAAUAUCAAAAGAUUUGAGACGCUGUAAAAAAAUUAUGAACUCUGAACUCACUAAACUUGAAAAGACACAUAAUGUAUCAGAAUCUAGGACUAGUAUUUCUGCGUCUUCAUCGCAAACUAGACUCUCCGACUACCAAAGCAGCACCAAUUCUGGAAAGAUUACACCAACUGCUGGUGGUUCUGUAACAACCAUGGAUCCGUUGGUGAAAAGCAAACUAAAGCAAAACUUGACAGGUCAAGAACUGCAUCCAGGUAUUCAUUUCGUAGAAACUCUGCAUUCACCAAAAUCAGUUGCUGAUUUCGAGAGCAAAGAAACCUCUAGCCAACCAGGCGUUCUUAAUGGGUUGCACACAGGACUUCACUCAGGAUUUCAUGCUGGACUUCAUACCUCUCCCCACGCAGGUCUUCACUCCAAACCUCAACAUAGUCAUAGUGCUACUAAGAUUCCAAAAGUUUCUCACAAACUGGGGAAAGCGACAACCUCGACUAGUUUGAAAUCCGAGAGCAAGUCACCCAGUAGUACUAAUCUAGGAAAGAAAGAACAUAAUUCUUCUUUGGGUCCUUUAUCCUUUUUUGGUAUUAGAAACAAAUAG